UCAAGUGAUCCGUCAGCUGGAGGAAGGAGCGGGAUUGAACCCCGCUCCAGCUUGUUAGAAAGUUUUGCUCUUUGCCAUUCCGGUUAUCUCCCCGACUGCGAGCGAGAGGAAGAGCGUCACCGGGCGGGGCUGUUCAGUCGCAGUUUGUGCAAUUCCGACAAGGGGACUCGAUCGGCGAUCUCACAGUCGGAUGCGCCUUCCGUUCGCUGGGACCGAUACACGCACAAGGCAUCUUAAAGGGCGUCGGGAGCUUCCCUAUCUCACACAUGGAUAGGAGCAAAGAUUCUACCACGCACCUCCACACUAGGGGCAAUUUACAGUGGGCAAUUAACCUACCAACCUGCACUGCUUUGGGAUGUUGGAGGAAACCAGAGAACUCUGAGGAAACCCAAGCGGUCACAGGGCGAACGUGCAAACUUCACACAUACGGCAUCCAAGCACUGGAUCAGCUCCUCACAGAACUCGAGACCUUUUUAAAGUUACUGGACAACGAAAACCUCAGCCUCACAGCCUUAGCAAAAAAAUGUGUCUUAUCCGAGCUCCUUCAUACUAUCGUCACUUCUUCAGCUGGCGAAGAGGAGUAUAUUUACAUGAACAAGGUUCUACUAGAAGAAACAGCAGCAACUGAGAAGAAAGUAUUGGAGAAAGGACCAGAUCGUGGUAAUAUACCCAAUGGAAUAGAUUUAGGAAAGAUCACACCUGCACCUCAGAAGAGUUUGCCUGAGCUUCCACCUGCAAAAACUGUAGCAGAGAGAGAGCCAUUCCCUUUGGGCAGAGCUGAUCCUGUUGAAGGACACUAUGAGGAGGCUGAACCGUAUGACACUGUUAAUAUUGAUGAGGCUGAAGCGGUUAGUAGCUCCUAUGAAUCCUAUGAUGAGGAAGAGAAUACCAAAGGGAAAUCAAUGACCCAUCAGUGGCCUUCUCCAGAAGCUUCCAUUGAGCUGAUGAAAGAUGCCCGGAUUUGUGCUUUCCUCUGGCGAAAGAAAUGGCUGGGACAGUGGGCCAAACAACUGUGCGUCAUCAAGGAAUGCAAGCUUCUGUGUUACAAAAGUUCAAAGGAUCAGAAUCCUCAGCUGGAUGUCAGUCUGAUUGGAUGCAACAUUGUAUAUAAAGAGAAACAAGUCAAAAAGAAAGAACAUACCUUGAAGAUCACGCCAGUCAAUUCAGAUGUAAUCGUGCUGGGUCUCCAAAGCAAGGAACAGGCAGAUCAGUGGUUAAAGGUGAUUCAAGAAAUCAGCAACAUUCAAGGUGAAACUUUUCCUGAUGGAAAUCUUGUAUCCGUGGAGUGUUCCCGCAGUCAUGGCCAAAGGCUGGAUUCUACCGAACGGUACUCAGGGGCAUCGGAGAGUGGGAACAGUACUGACGGUGGAUCUGUCCAUGAAGUUAAUGACAGCAAGGAUGUGAAAAAGAAACCGGGCAUUGGCGAUCUUAAAAAUGCUGGUCUGAAGCUGAGUAGCUUUAUGAAUCUUGGGAAGAAGAAACCCAUCUCGGUGGAGAUUCCCAUUAAUAAUAAGAAGAAUGUAGAAGCGUCAGGGUAUCUGAAUGUUUUUAUGAACAGCCAGUGGCGCACACGAUGGUGUCAAGUGAAGAAUGGACUUAUUUAUUUCUACCAAGACAAAAGCAAAAACAAAUCAGUUCAGCAACCGCUGAACCUGGAAGGCUGUGAGGUUAUUCCUGACUCUAGUCCAGAGCAUUUAUAUUCUUUCCGCAUUCUACACGAUGGCGAGGAAGUAGCUUCUCUGGAGGCUAAGUCUUCAGAAGAGAUGGGUUACUGGCUGGGCCUUCUGCUAGCAGAAUCGGGAUCCAAGGCUGACCCGGAAGAGUUUGCUUAUGACUAUGUAGAUGCUGACCGUGUGUCUUGUAUAGUACAUGCAGCUAAGCAUUCUUUAUAUUUACUACAGCGGAGAUAUUCAGAACCAAACACGUACGUAGAUGAAUUACCUGCUGUACAGAACCAAUCAGAAGACUUGUAUGAUGAUGUGGAUGUACCUGAAUCUGUGGAAGACAAAGCUAAUGAGGAACAAAGCUUUGGUGAAGAUCAAGCAAAAGUUUAUUUGGACCUUACUCCUGUAAAGUCUUUCCUCCACUCAAGUAACAACAACGCACCCUCCAAUGGGCAACAAAACGCAUCAAGCCAGGACAAUGGAAAGGGAGCUUCAAACCUUUCACAAGUAAACAUCAAGGACACAGCUGGUGAUUCCGAUUCUGGAAUCAUUACAAAGCCAACAGAGAGUAGUACUAAGAUCUCUCAAGUGAAAGCAGACUUUGAAGAGAAAGCCGCAAAUGCUGCUAGCAAACCCCCCAGCAGUCAGAAGGUCGCGGCAUCCCGGGGCGAACAGAGCAAAAACAUCACACAAGCAACGAGUCAACCAGCAAAGCCUGUCACAGAGUGUGUCGAAAAGCAGAAGCUGGGCACAACAGUAUCAAUUGAAACCAAAUUUGGAAAGAAUCGAACUGAGGCUGAUCUUAAAAAAUAUGUUGAAGAGAAAGAAAACCUGGAGAAGGAGAAAGAGCAGCUUCGGAAUGAACUGAUGUUGCUAAGGAAACAGAAGAGGGAGUUGAAGGAUGUAAUAGCAGUUUGCAAAGAUAAGCAGGUGCUUUGCACUCAGGAGGAAAGGCUGCGUCAGAUUGAAGAGGAAUGCAAAUCGAAGGAGAACAGGAGGGUGGACCUGGAACUGAAACUGGUAUCAGUGAAGGAAAGCUUGAAGAAAGCAGAGUCAGGACCAGUGACAUUGGGAACCACUGUGGACACCAGUCAUUUUGACAAUCUAACCUCAAAUGCUAAGCCGACCACUGUGACCAAUAGUGCUGACAACUCACCCGUCAACUCUGCGGCCUCACUAAAGAACAGACCUUUAUCAAUUAUGCAAUCUGGAAAAGGGACUGUCCUACAAAAAGCAAAGGAGUGGGAAAAGAAAGCUACCAGCUAGAAAAUAAUUUUGAAGUCAAAUGGACUAUGAUAACAAAAAACUAGCCUUUGGAACAGAGAGCUAUUUUUGUCCAUCUAUUCAUGGAAGGCAUUUUGUAGAAAGCCACUAUUACUUGGCACAAUUCUUCAUAAAAGAAAACUUCUACUGCCUCGAUCAUCAACAGGAACUCACAUACUAAUAUCAUGGACCCUUAAUACAAAGCAUUUUCAAGGUUCUUAAUUUCACCUCUGGAAGUUGUAUGUAAGAAAACUGAGAGCAACUUCUAUCAGAGCUUACUGAUUAACUGUCUUAAGUCAUUCCAUGCAGCAGAUAUCCAAUGGAUGUUUUUUCUUUUUGGUGCUUACAGGUUGUACGACAUAAGGAAUAUUUCUCUUGCAAGUUAAAAUAUCCUGUUUAUUAAGGUAUUAUUACAUAUAGAUGCCAUGAGAAAUGUGACUGUUGAGUAACAUGAAAGAUGGUGAUGAGAGCAUCCCACAUUAUUUCUGAAUAUUAUUGGAUACUUUGGUGUGAUGGUUAUGCCAUUUGAUCAAAAAGCCUGGACUGGUUGGAUCAGCAAAUGAGUUCAAAUCCUCCCAGGAAGGGCUGAGAAAUUAAUUCAAGUAAUUAAUCAGUUGUAGUGGUGAUGAAACAGGUUGAUUGUAUCAUAAGAGGGAGCUGGUCCAUUGAUUUUAUUUAGGAAAGGAAAUAUGUCAACAUUAUCUUGCUUGUGGUAACUCUGCAUCUACACGGCAACACUAACCUGCCUCAGGGAAUGGCCUAAGAAGGCACACGGUUUGAGGACAAUUAGGUUCUAUGUAAUGAAAUCUGACCUUGCUGUUCAUAUCCAGCAAAUUAAAGAAAUUGAGAAUAAGUCAGAAUUCAGAUACCAAACUGGUGUUUUGGUUCCAAUCUUAUUUGGUUUUCCAGGCGGUCUGCAUUUUCUGAAAGCUGGCAGGUGUGGAGUACAUUGUGGUGUGUACUCUUAUUAAGUGGUUGAUAACAAGAAUAACAUAGAAGUCAGUGGUAGAGAAGUUACCAUUUUUUAUUGAUCAAAUGGAGCAUUUUUUGGAUGCUUCUGGCAUAUACAAUGAGUGGGAAUGACAAAUGUUUUCUUUAACAAGAAACUUUCACUCAGGCCAGCCAAAAUUAAUAAAAAUGACAUUUUAAUUAAAGAAAAGCAGCUUCCAUUUCCUGCCAUCUUAAUACUCCUCAGACAACUGGAUCUCCAGCAAAAAUAUCUCUCAUCAACUCCAUUUAUAAUCAGUCAUUCCUGGCAUGCAGUCCUGAAAUUCUUGAUGGCAUGGCACCUUUUAAAACAAUUUUGUUUUUUUUUCUGUCUUUUGCAUCAUUGUAAAUACAUUUACUUACCUGUGAACAGUUACAAGCACAUGGUUGUCAUAGCAACAAUGGAAAUAUGAAGGGAGAAGUACUUAUGUCAGAUUUCUUGAAAUAAAUAUUUCCCCAUAAUGUAA